AUGAUGGUGAUGGGCUACUUCCGGUCGACGACCAAGUCCGCGACGUCAGCAGCGGGCGGGAAGAACAAGAAGAAGGCGAAGAACAGCUGUGCGCCGGCGCGCGAGGAGGCGGCCGGGCUCCGGGAGGCGCUGCUGGACCAGCCGGCGGCGGCCGCGGCGGAGGGCGGCGUGCCCAAGGGCUACUUCGCGGUGUACGCCGGGGAGGAGUCCCGCCGGUUCGUCGUGCCCACGGGGUACCUCCGGGAGCCGGCGUUCCGGGACCUCAUGGAGCGCGCCGCCGACGAGUUCGGCUUCGCGCAGGCCGGCGGCCUGCGCGUGCCGUGCGCCGAGGAGGACUUCGAGGACCUCCUGCGCCGCCUCCACCGCAAGAACGGCGGCGCCGCCUCCGGGAAGGGGAAGAAAUAA